AUAAAAUACUUAUCAAUACGCCACAAUGUUCCACUGCAAAUAAAUAAAGGAAAAUUAAAAACCAAAAUAGUAAUGGCGAAAUCGCCAACAAAAUUUGAUACAUCUACGUUGACAAAUGCCUUAAAACAGGUGUACUAUAUUCAUAAAAAUAUUGUGGCAGGUUUGUUUGCAAAUUUGUUAUUUUAUUUAAAUUUAGUUUUAUGUUUAGUUUGUUAUUUUAAAUUUAUUGAAUAGGGCCUAUCCUAUGACUAUGACCUAUAUUGGAUGUAAAAAGUAUAUUGUAUAUUAAUUACUAUUUUGAAUAUUGUAUGUAUAAAGUAUAAUAUAAUGUAACCCCAUGACAGAUUUUCAUAAUUAGUAAACUUAUAAAAAUGUUUAUAUAAAAGUUUAUUUGUAAAAACUCAGAGUUCAGAGUAAAAGUAAAAGGUAGUGUAACAUCUCUUUUUUCACAAAUGUAAUUAUGCCAAUACCAUAAUAUAGGAUUUAAUUAUAUUGUCAUCCACGUGUAAAAUUAUACACACCCUAUUUCCUACCUGCGAUUUGUAUGUACCCAAGAAGGUUAAUUAUUUAUCAAACUCAUUCGUUUAUUUUGAGACGUAUCUUGUGCUGCCUGGGGCGAAAUGAACAUACUGUUACAUACUCAUAUUUGUAAAAAGAGAAUGUAACAUCUAUUUUUUCACAAAUGUCAUGAGUCAUACCAUACAUAGGCUAUGACAUAGGAUUUAAUUAUAUUGUAAUACACAUAAAAAUGUACACAUCCUAUUCCUACCUCUGGCCUCUGGUGUUUAUUGGCCCAAGAAGUAGAAGUUUAAUAAUUAUUUAUCAAACUCAUUCGUUUAUUUUGAGACGUUUCUUGUGUUGCUUGGGGCAAUAUGACACCCCCCCCCCCAGAUUUAUAUAAAACUACUUAAAUCUUACACCCGGUUGUAGUCCCUUCCAUACCGAAACUAAUCUACUUUGCUCUUCUAAUAAUGUUUAAUACUCUAAUGGGCUGAGAUUCAAUCUCUUAUAGCCCUGGCUAUUAUUGUGGCAGCUUGCCUCUUCUGGUGGGCAUCGCCGUAAAUCAUAUCUUCAAGGCAGGCCCUUGGGUCUCGACCCCCCUGCCCCUUCCCAGCAUUGGGCCAGGCAACUACCAGAUGAGCCACUGUCUCCUCUGCCUGGCCACAGAAUCGGUAGUUUGGUUCCCUCCUGUUAUCAAGUUUAUGGAGGUAGCUGUGCGUUGCGCAAUGACAUGUCACUCUUGCUUGGUUGCAGCAUUUUCCGGUACAGCUGUCGUCCAGUUUCUCCUGUGGCCGAUUCGCUGAAAAACUUUUCACGAAAGUGGUCUUUCAACCAAGCAGUGACUCCCAGCUGAGUCAUCGGCUUAUCAGGUUGCGGCUGGGCCUCGCCUUUGGCCAAGAAGUUUGCCCUGUCAUGCUGCAUCACCUCAACGUGCGAAACAAUAAACUGCAAGGUUACUUUGCCGCUUUUGGCUUUUAUUCUACCCACUGUCUCCAGUAUGGAAUUUACCAUCGUGGUCUCUGUAGAGACCCUUCCCACUUGCUUGCAAGCAGAGCGUGAGUCGGUGAAGACCACAGCGUCCGGAUAGUUUUUUUUCUUUUUGCUAGGCGUUGGUGGACUCUCUUAAGAGCAACCAAUAUUGCCGCGAUCUCCACAUUGAGGCUUGAUCUAUUUUUCCCACUGGGUCCAGACAGCUCCUCGGUUGGGGCUAUCUUUCUGGGAUACUGGCUAAGAGCACCGUAGCCACUACGUUCUUCCCUUGCGAAACAUGAGCCGUCUGUGAAGACUUUUACCAGGCUGUCUGGGUAAGCGGUAAUCGUUUUUGCACUACCUCUAGUAAUCAAUUAUAUUUAUUAAUUUUACUUUUAAGACGGGGAAAAUACAUUAUCGGUUUUGUAAUAUCCGGUUAUUAAAUCAAAGAAACCUAAGAGUUUUGGCUAACAUAGACGAUUCGCGUUAUGACAUCAUUUGCGUGAUUAUUUAGAACAAAUUAAUUUUAUUUUUAUUUCGCAAUAUUAGCAAUGCACUAAAAACUCACAAAAGCAACUGAUGUUUGGGUUUUCCCGAUAAAAGUGAUUACGGUGUAAAUCCUUGAUCAUAAUUUUGUUAUUUUAUUUUUUAUCAUAACUUUCAAAGGCAUUUUAUAUGCCUUAAGAUAGUUCCUUAGUUUUUACUUUAAAUGUAUUUCUUAUUUAUAAUAAUAAUACAUAAUUACUCAAAUAAAAGCAGAUAUAUAAUAUUUUUUGCCAUUUAAAUUUAUUUGAUAUCCGUAAAAUAAUAGAAAAUAACUAUGAUCGUUUUAAAGAAUCCGAAAGUAGUUAAAUCUUUUCGGUUCUUUGGCGUUAUGGUCAGCCUAGCUCAUUAUUAUAUAUAUGCUUCAGUUUCAUAGUCUCUUAAUGUCAAAAUCUGAAGAAAAUGAUUUCACUGGCCAUUCAGAUUCUUUUUUAAAGAAAUAACUAGGUUUUUCUUCUCUUAACUUUUGUUCCAAUUAGAUAAUCUUUCUUAAAAUCUGCAUGCCCUGACUUGUGGUGUCACUGCAGAUUGCACUUUUCAAUAACAGAAAGAGAAGUCUGGCAUAUCAAACACACUGGCUUUUCAUUAAACAAUGAAAACACAAAUUCCACUUCCCACGAAGCUUUAAAAGUAGCAAGUCUCUUCUGUAUCUUGUCAUUUUGGCUUUUUCUUUUUAGAAAUAAAAAUGCUCUCAAGAAUUGUUCUUAUUGUCUCUCAGAAUUUCUCCCUGACUGAAUUGCGCUUACUGCAAACACAUCUUUUAUCCUGCUUUUGACUCAUGGAAUUGAUCAUACUCUGAUCAUUGAAUACCAGGUACAAGUUUGAUAUUGUCUACAAAUACAUGGUGGACAUACUGCCCCAUCCUAUUUCAUUUCAACUUGUGUACAUUUCCUUUCAGUCAUUUGCGACAUCUUUAGUGCCUCAGAUCUCACCUUGUUAAUUCCUGUCUUAUUGUUAUCAUCCUAUAAAGGCCAGUCAAUUUAGCAUGUGGUGUUCACAUAUCUAAUUCAUAUGAACCAGUCCCCGUGGUGAGAAUGGAUAUUUUUUCAAUAACCAGCUAGCUACAAUUCAAGUUUCCAAAUUCACUAUUCCCAUUGCCUUUAAUAAUUAAACAUGUACAUUCCACCCCACCCCAUUUGAGGCCAGUCAAAGCAGCAGAAAAGCUUAAAAAUUAGUAACCAAUUUCAUGUCACCCCAUGUUCCCACUACUUUGAUCUGCUGAAGCGCUCAACAUAAAUUACUGUUACCUGUCAAGCAUCCUUCUCCAUUUUCCAUAACACUUCUUUUUUCAAAUGCCACCGCUUCUCCUGUGCUCUCAAAAUAUUUUCCAACAACACUGAAUCAAGAAAUGUUGCUUGAUAUUUUUCCAUCUAAAUCACCUGCUUAUUAUUUUAUACAAAUGAUACAAAUUUCCCAAGCUCUGCCGGGCCAUUUAAAACCAGUCUGCAGGCUGCAUGCGGCCCACGGGUUGGAAAAAACUACUACUCUAGUCCAUCAACCCUAUCUGGACUUAGCUUCCCUGGUCCUGUCUUUCUUUACCUGCAGUCUGCAAGCAAAAGAAGGGAGUCUGGAUUUCAAUACUGGUACAAUGCUUUAAAUUUUGUACAUGAAAAACAUAUUUGAUACAAACCCUUUUAGUAAUUAACAGGGAUAAUUUUUUAAUUUAAAAAAAAAAUUAAAAUUAUAAAAAUUCAUUUAUGACAGAUCUUAAUGCCAAACUAGAUGUCCUGGCAGAUGAAAAUGGAAAACUUCAAGCUCAGAAGUCAUCUGGAAUGUAAGAUCAAAUCAUAUGGUUGAAAUCAAUAUUGAUCACUUUGUGAAGUUUGUGGCCGCUAAGUAAACAAUACAGAGUCAAGUGUGAUUUGUUUUGUUUCAUUUAUUAUUGCAUUGUAUUAGGCAUAUGCGCCUGAAUGCAAAAUUUCAAAAUCGUCUUAGAUCUUGUAACCAUCAAGUUAUGAUUGAUUAAGCAUGUUUUUAAGUUUGUGUGUUAAGUUGACCUGCACCUGAAAGUAUUUCCUAUAAUUGCCAGGUCAGGAGAAUGUUCAUCUUGCCAUCUUCUCAAAGAUAUGAACCAAAGGUUGCAAGAAACAUUCAACGCUCUACUCAAGGAUAAGGAAGCAGCCAUCAAAAGCCUUAGUACAAAGUUUUUCACCUACUCAGCCUAUUUAUCCUCAAUAAAACUUCAAAAAUACCCAUUUCAGUUUUAAAAUUAUUUAUCCUAACGUCAAGUUCAAUAUGUUGUUAACCUAUAUCCAAAAAUAAAGUUAAAAAAAAAAAAAAAAUUACAAAAUAUUCACUGUUCUCAUUUUCUUCAAUUUAAGCUACAUUUUUGAAGUUGGUGUUAAUUUUCACCUCUAUAAUGCAUAAUGAACAUAUUAUUGUAAAAUUUAUACAGCCGCCAAGCUUGGUAAAGUCUCAAAGGAAAAUUCUGGGAAGGACUUAGACACAUCAGAAAAUUUGGAGAGCAGUGAACUACUUGAAAAUAAAUUAACAAGAAGAGAGGGGGAGUCACAUGAAGCUCAAAGGGAAAAGAAUGAAAAUCACGGUGUUAACAUCAAUGAUGAGAACAACGACACCAAAACGCAUUCCAAACUCCAGCUGCUGAGACAGGGCAAGAGGUCCAUACGUUACAUUGAGGUAAUAUCAGAUUGGCAAAUAUGAUACCUUUUUAGCAUGUGGUUAGAGAAUUAAAAAUAAAGUUGCAAUAAAGUAUUUGCUGCAUUAAAAAUGAGAACAUCUUACAUGCAGGUGGUAACAAUACAAAAACUGUGAAUUUCUUUGAGCUUACAUCAUAUUUAUCUUUAAAGAAUUUGAUCUAAACUCUCCCAGAGCAUACUUGUUAAUCCCCACAGAACACACUUGUAAAUACCCCCCCACCCAACCAGAACAUGCUGGUUAAUCCUCUCAGAACAUACUUGUUAAUUAUCUCAGAACAUACUUAUUAAUCCUCCCAGUACAUACUUGUUAAUCCUCUCAGAACAUACUUGUUAAUCCUCCCAGAACAUACUUGUUAAUCCUCCCAGAACAUACUUGUUAAUCCUCUCAGAACAUACUUGUUAAUCCUCGCAGAACAUACUUGUUAAUCCUCGCAGAACAUACUUGUUAAUCCUCUCAGAACAUACUUGUUAAUCCUCCCAGAUCAUACUUGUUAACCGUCCCAGAACUUACUUGUUAAUCCUCUCAGAAAAUACUUGUUAAUCCUCUCAGAACAUACUUGUUAAUCCUCCCAGAACAUACUUGUUAACCCUCCCAGAACAUACUUGUUAAUCCUCCCAGAACAUACUUGUUAAUCCUCUCAGAACAUACUGUGGUAAUCCUUAUCUAAAUGCUCACAAAAUAAACUUUGUUAACCCUGAUUUAACUGCUUACCGAAUUCAAUUUGUUAAUCUUGAUCUUAAUCAUAAUCACAAAGGCAACUUUUUUUUACUCCAGGAAGUCCCUAAUCCCAAACGUAUGAAGGUCUCACCUACUGACAACCCAGGAAGACUGACAGUCCACCACCACAGCAGUAACUUGGCUUCUGUCAAAUGGGCUGCCAUGUUGGUACCUGAAACUGAACCUGACGAAUUACAGA